GGGCUUCGCUUGCGCCUGGGGGGGCGGCGGGGUGAUUCGUGCAGUCGCAAACCGGGUUACGUCCGUUGGAGUUCGGAUUUCCUUCUUCACUGGCCGCCGCUGUGGGUGCCGGCUCUGUCCCCGCUUCGGAUCUGGACCGGGGCGGCUUCAGGCCCAGAGGCGGGGGCGCCAGCCUUUAACCCAGCCCGGCCGCUGCGCUUCUCCCCAGAGCCUUGCGCAGGACGAGGACGUCUUAGAUUGGACCGUCUGUUAGCUGCCUCAAGGGCCAAAGCCGCAGUUUUGGGGCCCUUCUUUUCUGGGAAGUUGGCAACCUCGCUUGGAUGCCUGUGAGAAGUUCCGUGCUGGGGAGUUUGGACUCGCCAUGUCACCUUUUCUACGGAUUGGCCUGUCCAACUAUGACAGUGGCCCCUACCUCCCUUCGCAAGGGGACGUGAUCGAUCCCUAUUGUGCCGUGAUGGUGAAGGAGGCCGUGGAGGCUGAGAAAGGCCAAGUGUAUAUCCAGAAGAAGCCAACGAUGUAUCCCCCUUGGAACAGCACUUUCGAUGCCCACAUCCACAAGGGCCGGGUCAUGUACAUUGUUGUGAAGGACAAGAGCGCGGAGAUGGUCUCCGAAACAACCGUGGAACUCAACCUAGUUGCAGAAAAGUGCAACAGAAGUAAUGGGAAAAUUGAAAUUUGGCUAGAACUAAAACCCCAAGGAAGGAUGUUAAUGAACGCGAGAUACUUUUUGGAAAGCACCGAUGAUCCAGGGUUUAUCGACUGUGAAAAGGAGGGUUUUUUCUCGCUACAUCAGCGAAGAGGAGCUAUUAAGCAAGCCAAGAUUCAUAAUGUCAAGUGUCACGAGUUUACAGCUACUUUCUUUCCCCAGCCUACGUUCUGUUCUGUGUGCCAUGAAUUUGUCUGGGGCCUUAACAAGCAAGGUUAUCAGUGCAGGCAGUGCAACGCUGCCAUUCACAAGAAAUGCAUCGACAAAAUCAUUGCAAAAUGUACCGGAUCGGCCAUCAAUAGUAGAGAAACGAUGUUCCACAAGGAAAGGUUUAAGAUUGACAUGCCCCAUCGCUUCAAGGUAUAUAAUUAUAAAAGCCCCACCUUCUGCGACCAUUGUGGAACGCUGCUCUGGGGCCUGGCGCGGCAGGGCUUAAAAUGCGACGCCUGCACCAUGAACGUCCAUCACAAGUGCCAAACCAAGGUGGCGAAUCUCUGUGGGGUAAACCAAAAACUCAUGGCAGAAGCGUUGGCAUUGAUUGAAAGCAGUCAACAGGCUCGAAAUCUGCGUGACUCAGAGCAGAUCUUGCGAGAAGGACCAGUGGAAAUAUCCUCCCGUGUGAAAGAGGCGCCGUUGAGUCCUUCAGUGCCCGAACUUCCAACAGGCAGAAAAGAACCUCAGGGAAUUUCCUGGGAAUCCCCAGUGGAAGACUUCUCAGUUUCUGAUUCUCCAGUGGAACUGGAACCAAGGAAAGACAUCCAAGCAGAGCUGCCAAAAUUGACCAUAGAUGAUUUUAACUUGCACAGAAUGUUGGGGAAAGGAAGCUUUGGCAAGGUCUUCCUUGUUGAACUAAAAACUACAAACCAAUUUUUUGCCAUGAAAGCGCUGAAGAAGGAGGUGGUACUCAUGGAUGAUGAUAUCGAAUGUACCAUGGUGGAGAAGCGUGUUCUCUCACUGGCUUGGGAGCACCCAUUUCUCACCCAUGUCUUCUGUACGUUCCAGACUAAGGAAAACCUCUUUUUCGUAAUGGAGUACCUCAAUGGAGGAGACCUGAUGUUCCAUAUUCAGAACUGCCACAAAUUUGAAAUUGACCGAGCAAGGUUCUAUGCUGCUGAAAUCAUUUGUGGGUUGCAGUUCCUUCAUUCCAAAGGCAUCAUAUACAGGGACCUCAAGCUUGACAAUGUUCUCCUAGACAAAGAAGGUCACAUCAAGAUUGCUGAUUUUGGAAUGUGCAAAGAGAACAUAUUUGGGGAUGCUAAAACCAGCACAUUCUGUGGGACCCCCGACUAUAUUGCCCCCGAGAUUCUUCUUGGACAGAAAUACAGCCUGUCUGUUGACUGGUGGUCCUUUGGCGUCCUUCUGUAUGAGAUGUUGAUUGGCCAGUCUCCCUUCCAUGGCCAGGAUGAAGAACAGCUCUUUCAAUCCAUCCGCAUGGAUAGCCCAUUCUAUCCCCGCUGGCUUGACAAGAUUGCAAGGGAUCUCUUAGUAAAGCUUUUCGUUAGAGAGCCAGAGAGGCGGUUGGGAGUCAAAGGAAACGUCCGCCAACAUGCCUUCUUCCAAGAAAUCAACUGGGAAGCUUUGGAAAAAAAGGAAGUGGAGCCACCUUUCAGGCCUGUAGUGAAAUCGCCAGGGGACUGCAGCAACUUUGACAAGGAAUUUCUCAAUGAAAAUCCCCGACUGUCGCUUGGAGACCGAACCCUCAUCAACAGUAUGGACCAAAACAUGUUUAGCAGUUUUUCAUUUACCAACCCCAUCAUGGAGAAAUUGCUAUCCUGAGGAAUGACCUACGAAAGAUGCAACCUUAGGCACCUGUUGAAGCCUACCCAGCAAGGAGAAGGGGACUUCCAGCGCUGGCUGCGCCUCUGUCUAUUUGCUACCUUCUCUGAACAUGCAAGUUGUGAGAGUGCAAAAAAGGUGUAAGAUCCUUUGCACAACCUGACUUCUCUUUCACUGGGCAACCAGGAGGAGGAGGACCUGCUUUGAGAGGAAGACUUGAAGUGACUCUCCAAACCUGGAAUUACAAGUACACAAAGUCUUUUCAAGACAAGUGGAGUUUGGACAUGCUGCAGCCUACGUCCUUCUUGUUUGUAAUGUUUCUUGCUCCGUAAUUCCAAGGCCAGCCACCGGAAAAUCUUUGGCUAUCACUUCUCCAAGAGUUUGCUGGCAAAGCAUACUAAUCUGUUUUCCUCCUCUGCUUGUGUAUAAGAAGAUUCAGAAUGGUGUAAAGAUCUGGGGGACAUUUACUGAAUAUGAUCCUACAGCAGAUACUCAGUAUUUCCUUACAUUAGAUACUUUCCUUGUCCCUUCAGGCUCUUACCGAUCCACCCCCAUGAUCAUGUGAGAUUUCUAUCCAGAGUGUAAGACCAUCUGGUUUGAUUGUAUGGACUGUAUGUAAUGUUCUCAUUCUUUGAGAGCUUUCUGGAGAUCUUAGUCCUCUUUGGGGAAUGCCCCAUUGAUCUUAGAGGUACCAAGAAAAGUGCCUUCAGCUUACGUAUCUCCAUCUCUUGUUGCAGGGUGCCAUUGCCAAAAAAAAGAGAAGACUCAUUUGCUAUCUGCCCUUCUAUCAACAGGCCUUCAAGGUUAAUUAAGGCUUUUUUGCCCUAAAAUAUUUCUCAUUUGCGAUAGACCUCUCUAAGGAGCAUUGCUCAGUGAUAGACUACUGUACUUGCGUUUCAUGCAAAACGUCCUGGUUUCAGUCUUCAUCUAUGGUUAAAACCAUGUUUCUCAACCUUCCAGAUGGGCAGAUUUCAACUCCCAGAAUUCUUGGCUGGGGAACUCUGGGAGUUGAAGUCCGUUCAUCAGGAGAAUGGUCAGGGUGGGAAAGAUGGGGUAGCAGGAAAUGGAAAAUAUUGCCCUGCCUGAUACCCUGUAAUGAAGCCCCUAUUCAGAAUAGGCAGGACUGAAUAUAGAGACAGUCUAUCUGGUAUAAAGCAGAUUCCUUUGUCUGUCUAAUCCAGUGUUUCUCAACCUUGGCAACUUUAA